UUAGCGUAGAGUCGGCGCAGCGGCGUCUUUCCAAAUCUUUAACGUACUCACUCGAUAGUUUCGUACACCCAAUCUAGUUCACUUGAAUCGCUCAUAAUUAACGAGUCUAAUCGAAUUUGAUCGCCAACAGAAAAUAUCUGCCCAUUUAAAUAACCUAAGCCUGAAAAAGAAGAACGUGACGACAAAAACAAAAAGCUGUCCACAGAACUACAAACAUUCGCAGGCCUGUCAAGCCAACUGCAAUAACCAAAGUGCUGGAAUUCCGCCUCGCUCAAAAAAGCGCAAAGAGAUUUCUCGAUAAUCGCUCGAAAGAGGAUGUCGAAACGCAAGCUCGGAACUCCAGCAGCCCAGUUGGCUCGUUCCAGCCCGUUCGUAGCCGGUGACACUCAGAGUCCCACGAGCCUCGUUCAAAGCGCUCACCGUCGGCUUCAGUACUCGCAGCUCCCGGUGCGAAUCUCUUCCAAGCGCUCGAUCUCGAGCCAGCCGCAGCAGGACAAGCUCGCAAGCUCGCUGAGAAGAUUCACCCCGAAACGCGGAGCCUCGGAGAAGAGCGAGGACGCCGCGAGCACCGCCAAGUUCGUGGCCGCUGCUGCAAGCUCCGGCUCACCCGCGGCCAGGAAGAGCCUAUCGAUGAGCGACCUGACGCCCCUCUGCAACGUCGGCCUCGGGGACUUUGAGCCUGGCGAGCUGCGCCUGGAGGACAACUCCAGCGACCGACGCACCGAGGAGACCCUGAGCGUCGAGGGCUGCACCCUGAUGACGUGGCCGCUGUCCAGUCAUCAUCGGCUGCACAAGGAGAGCUGCGAGUCCAAAGCGGCGAGUGUCGUCUGUCGCACUCUGGCCAUCAACGCCCUGCGCCGCAGACGGGCCGAAGUCGCGAAGCUGAAAUCCGAAUUCGCUCAGCAGAUCGACCACCUCCAGCUGCAGAUCGUCGUGCUGAGACGCCUGCUGGACAACGAAAACGCCAGGGUCGCCAGCUUGGCCGGCGAGCUCCACAAGGCCAAAGCUCAGAGCGACGAGCUCGCUAAGGAACGGGACUCGCUGAAGAUCGAGAAAGAGAGCGCCGAGUCGGAGGCCCAGAGGCAGCGAGAGCUUUCGGAGAAGCGAUCGGUGAGCGAGGAAAAUCUGCGGAACGAGCUGCGCAGCGUCAGGGAUCAGCUCGAGGCUCUGGACAAGCAGAUCUCCAAGGAUCGGGAGAAGCUGCUCAAGCUCCGGGAGGACAAGAAGAUCCUGCUCGAGAAAGUCUCGGCGAACGACGCUCUGGUCGCGCGAGCGGACAAGGCGGAGGCUCUGCUCGAGGACGCGGAGACGCAGCUCGCCGAGCGAAUCGCCCUCGCCGACUCGCUACAGGAGGAGCUCAUGCGUGUCUCCAACUCUCUGGAACAAAGAGAGGCCGAGAAGGCGGAGCUUGAGGGCGAGUUGAGAAAAAUGGAGGAGGAGAACGCGAUGCUCGAGGAACGCUUGCGAAAGAGCGACGAGGCAUGCAGAGUGUUGGGCUUGCGGGCCGAGGAUCUCGAGAGCGAGCUCUUCAACCAGGAGUCGAAUAUCAAGCACAUGCUGGCCUCGUACGCCGCUGCAAAGGCGGAGGUCCUCGAGCUUCAGGAAGAAUUGGUCCGCCGAUCGCAGGAGUGCUGUUGGAGCAGCAAAGUACUGCAGCUGGCUGGAAGCUUCGUACGGGCGCCUGCGGUGAUUCUACGAACGCUGUCCUUCUUCUUGACCGGGAUUCCGCUUAUUUUAUAAUCUAUUUACACUGACAUGGCAUCGACCCGAUGAUCGUGCGAUUUUCUAUGGUGUUGCGGACUCGAGUCCGUCGAAGAGGAUAUUUUGAGAUGAAGGCCAUGAAUGCGCCGUGCGGUUCUAUAAUAAACAUACGUGAAUGCAUGCAAGCGAGCGCUUCGUGCGAGUCGAAAUCAAAAAGUGAAUCAAUGAGAUGUGAGAUUAUUAUUAUAUAAAGUUUAUUUUGAUAUAUUUUUUUCUUUCAUCUAUAUAAAGAGUCAUUUGAUGACUAUUCGAUUGAGAGAUCAAUGAGACAUUUAGUGAUAGAGUCGAGCACAAUGUAUAACGAAACGAUCGAUGAUUGAAUAUACAUUUUAUCUACAUCUACAUAACGAAAUAAUAAAACAACUCUAGUUUUGAUUAUG